AAUCAAAGCCAUAAACCUAAACAAGUUGUGUUCCGAAUUUGAGGCUGAUAUCUCAAAAAAUGAUUAAUUUUAAGGAGUACAAGUGACUUUUUUUCAGGACCAUUUAACCUUUUCAAAUUAUGCCCAUAAUUUUUCUUUCUUAUGGCGUUAUGCACAUAAUCAUUUAAACCCCCAUUGCAUAUAACUUUUUGAUUUUUCAGAGUUAAAUGAUAACACACAAAUUGUUUACAUCUUACAAAGCCUACUAUUGAAAAAGUAUUAGUGUGUAUAAAUUAGCCCCAUUUUCCUCCAUUACAAGUCCUUCACUGUAAUGCACUAUUUUUUUUUUUUUUUUUUAAGGAAAAGGAAAGUGGAAAUUAUUUUUGUGGUAGGCUACUCAACAUUACGCAACAAUAUUACAGUACAACUUGUCACACGCCGUUUGUCGUAGGCCCAUGAAUGAGGUGUCAAAUCGACCGGCUUAUUGAGGAGAGGUGCGCUAUGACUUUUCUAAGCGAUUGGGUGUACGAUGUUAGCCCAGCGGAUGAAAAAUCGGCUGAAAAAAGUCCAAUAGACUUAACACUGGGACAAAAUCUGUGAGAUCAUAUCUUUGGAUAAGAAGGUCAUAGAGACUUGGGGGCUGGGCUCAGCUGAAUCAGGCUAUCAAGCAGCCAAUAAGUAGUGACAUAACAACUUCAUAGCCAUGCCCUAGCAACCACUUACAGCACCCUAGCAAUCGUAUAACAACAUUAACAGCCAUAACUCAGCACCAGAACAUUGUAAAAACAAGGAGUUGUGCUCUUUUGAUUCACAAUGGCAAAUAGUCUUUAAAUAUCAUGCCAUAAACUGUAUAAGCACACCAUAGUAACCAUUUAGAGUACCCUAGCAACCAUGUAACUUCAUGAAUAAGCCAUAUUUCAGCACCAGAACAUUAUACAGACUUGAUUUGGCUCUCUUGCAGUUACAUGCAUCACUGCAGCAUCUGUACAGUGCUGAGUUUUGCCACUGCAAGCACCAUUCACAUUUUCUACAGGAAAUGUGCGUUCUAGUUAUUAAUCUGCAAUCCAUCGUAACUUUUUUUUCUUUUCUUUUUUUUUUUUUUUUUUUUCCUCUGAAUGCUGCCAGUCCUUGUACUUUGUACACUUUAAUUUAAGUUAAACUUGUGUAUAUAGUCGUCUUCUUCUGUACUGUCAUUAAAGAGAUUUGGGCCCAGUUGCAAGAAGUAAGCCACUAUGUUAAGACUGUGUCUUAAGAACUAGUUUGACCAACUAGCAGUAAGACAAGUGGUGAUCGGUCUUACUUUUCUGAUUCAAAUGAGACAGUUCUACAUUUUUUUUGUAACUGACUAGAAGCAGUCUUGAAGGGAAAAAAUAAAUAAAUAAAUAAAAUAAAAUAGAUGACUAACUUUUACGACUAGUCUUAACAGUUUAUGCAACCGGCCACUUGAUUUGUUGUUUUGUCUGAUUUAGUUCACAUGUGCAAUAUAUUGUAAAUGAGUAACACUACAAUAAGGUUUCAUGUUAAUAUUAAUUAACUACAUUAGUUACCAUAAACUAAAAAUGAACAAUUAUUCUACAGCACAUGUAUAAGUUACCAUUAGUUGAUGCUCUGUGAACUGUAACAUGAACAUGAACAUUUUAACAAAGGUUAAUAAAUGCUGUACAAAUAUAUUGCUUAUUAGUUCAUGUUAGCUAAUGUUAACAAAUGAGACCUUAUUGGGAAGAUUUCCUGUAUAUGCAAACGUGAGCAGUUUUUUUUUGUUUGUUUUGUUUUUCCCCUUCUCAAUUUGGUUUCAACAUCCUCAGCUGGCUGUGUCUGUGUGUGUCACUGAAUGUGGGUAGGAAACACUCAGCUGUAUUUAAGCAGUCAAAGUUACUCAUCCUUGAAUACUCGGAUGCUCAAUCACAGCUGAAGACUCUUCUGAGCAUUCCAGACAACAGACUGUCAUCCUAAAACCAUAUUCUACAGGCUUUCAACAGGAUCCCUGAGCUGAGAUGUGUGUCAGUCACUGCUCCAGGUGUGUGGGAAUGGCUCUGAUCCCUAUAGCCAUCGUCUGCAUGGUGGCAAAUGUGCUGCUGUUGUUUCCUGACAUGAAGUAUCAGUACCUGACAGAGCGUCAUGUGACCAGAGAGGCCAUGUGGUGCUCUGGUAUAUGGGCAUCGGGCCUUCUGGUGCUUGUGGCUGCUCGAGGCUUUACAACACACUACGAAAAGAAAGGAUGCUGUUAUUUUACUGCUGAGGUUUUGCGUAAGUUGGGAUACACAUGUUUGGCUAUUGUGGCAGCUGGGUUGUGUUUCGUGGUCAGUGGGAUGGGGCUGGCGCUGGGACCCCUCUGUUUACACAAUGGCACUGAAGGCCUAAAGUGGGAACGGCCAUUAAAACAAGCCAAAAUUGGAGAGAAACUGUAUCUGUAUGAUCCGGAGCGGUGGGCAUCAGCCUGUGUAGAACCUCGAGGUGUCGUGAUCUGGAAUAUUGUUCUUUUCUCUGUUCUCAUGGCAGCAAGUGGCCUUGAGCUCAUCUUCUGCGCUCUGCAUCUCCUCACCGCCUUACUGGAGUUCAUGUGUGGACCUGGCUUCUGCAAGAAUAAGGUUGUUCCUGCUUGAAAUGACUAGAGGUUCUAUUAUUUUCAUCUGCAUGUGAGAAUGACAUUUUUUUCGGGUUAAACAGUCAGCUAUGACUACUUAACUUAUUUUAAACAGAGACAAAAUAGAAAUGAGAAGUGGAUUAGGAAAGUCAGUUUUCACAUCCCUGAAUCUUUUACUGCACUGUCAUCACAUAAGUCCAUGUUCCUGUUGCUCAGCUGGUUCAGCAUGAUGCUGAACAAAUAUAAAUAAGCUAUUUAAAACAUAUGUAAAAAAAAAAAAAAAAAAAAAAAAAAAAAUAUAUAUAUAUAUAUAUAAUUAAUAUAUUGUGAUAUAUUCUCAGAACGCACUUUAAUUUUUAUGCAUAUUUAUGCAAUUUUUAUGUAAUUACUUUUUAUAUGUAUGUGAUAAAAUACUGGCUUUAUAUAGUUUUGUUGAUACUGAAAUGCUGUGUUAAUAGAUGUUAUAUUUAUUGUUGAACUUCUACAAGAUUAAAAUUGUAUGAACAA